AAGUCUUUCUACCUGUGCUCACUUGCGACUGUGAAAGUGAAGUGAGAAACCAUCAUCAAUUAGCGUCACACCUUCUCCCAUGGACACACCAAUUCCAAGUUUCUUCAGAAUCAUUCUUCCUUCCAUGCUUGAGAAAAAGAAGCUGAAGCUGCCCCUGAAGUUCGUCAAAAUGCACGGAGCUGAACUCGCGUCGACCGCUGCACUUACCUUACCGAACGGCAGAGUGUGGAAGGUCGGCGUGGAGAAGGUAACCAGAGACAACGAGGAGAUCUGGUUGGGCGACGGUUGGGCUGAGUUUGUGGCGCACCACUCCAUUUUGGCAGGAUUCUUUGUGGUGUUUGAGUACCAGCUGGGCCGCUCUGCCUUCGCCGUCAGCAUAUUCGAUUUCACCACUUGCUCAAUCGACUACCCUAAGUCCGAGCAGCUCGAUGACGAUCAGACGGGUUCCCCUCAUUGCAUCGUCAUUUCCUCCGAUGAUGAAGAAGGAGGUUGCGAACCCAGCACGAGAAACAAGCUCCGACGACCCAGAAGGCGGCCAACAUCCGAUCCCAUGACCCCUGAGAUUAAGGAAACGCUGGAGUUCCUCGAAGCAACCGGGAUUGCGACGAGUUCCGGGUUCCACCACAGGUUACCCAUGAUCUACCGACUCUGCAAGCAGGGAAUCGAGGAAGCAAUAGCGUGCAAGCCCGAAGACCGUCCUUGCUUCGUCGCCGUGCUCAACUCUAAUCAUAUUCGUGGGGGCACCAGGACCAUAAUACCAACUCGUUUUGGAAGAGAGCAUAAGAUUGAGAGAAGCAGCAGCAGGAGUGGGAUUCUGGAGGUGUGCAAUGGGGAAAAUGCAGGUGAGCAGUGGAGGGUGGAGUUGGCGAGGAACAAGACAGGGCAAGAGAUGUUUAUGGGGGAGGGAUGGGGAAGGUUUGUGGAAGACAACAAUUUGGGAGAGGGAGAUGUUUGCCUCUUCCAGCUGGUCUCUGCGAAGGAUCCGGUGAAGAUGGACGUGUCCAUCUUUCCAGCCCAGCCCAGUGAAUUGGUAGAAUAGAUAUCAACAUGGGCUAAGCAUAGCCCAAUUAUUAAUUGGGCUUAUAUUUUGUUGAUGAUGCUGUUUUUGUCUUAAACUUGUGGAUCCCAUCCCUUGAGGUGAAUAUCAGAAUUCAGAAUAUGCCUACCUAGGGCUAGCUACCUCUUGUGUUCUUUGCGUAGGUUGUCAAUUGUCAUCAAAUAAGGUUGGGUAAAUACAAUUUAAUAUCCAAAUCUUUUAUUUUAA